AUGGAUAUGCUUUCAGCCGCCGAGCAGCGCACUCUUGAGCAGCGCAUGCAGAAGCGCCAGGUCAAGGAGUUUAUGGGUGCUUUCGGCGGUCUUGUCGAGCACUGCUUCAUGUCCUGCGUCGAUGACUUCACCUCAAAGGCCAUUUCCAACCGGGAAAGCGGCUGCAUCAACCGCUGCGUCCAGAAGUGGAUGGCCUCUCAGCAGCGCAUCAGCGACCGCUUCCAGGAGCACAACGCCCAGCUCACAGCUCAGAUGAACAAAUAA